CACAAUCUGAUCCAGCGAUGCAAUAGUUACUGAUCUUUAAAACAAACCAUAAAAGUUGUUUUUUCUAUCUUAAAAGAUAAAAUAAAAAUCUUAUAAAGAAGAGAUCACCAUUGGACAUCUCUUUGAUUCCUCAGCUCAAAGCUAACCAAACCAACCCACAGGUACACACACACAUAUUGUUGGGUCUCUCUCUCUCUCUCUACCAAUCUUGUCUCUCUCUAGGUAUUGAUUAUAAGUUGCUUCGGUGUAUAAAUCAAGAAAUGGGUAGUAGUUUCUUUGGGAGACCAAAAAUGGGUGGAUCUUCGUCUUCCUCACCAACAUCUUCUCCGGCAAAGAGAGGGAAGAACAAGAAUGGUUCUGACAAGCCUAAGCAGCCACAGAGAGGUCUCGGGGUGGCGCAGUUAGAGAAGAUUAGAUUACACAGCGAAUUAAACUGCAACAGUUUCAAUACUUAUCCUUCUUAUCAUCCCUCAACUAAUAAUGAUCAGGAGGAUGUGAGGAUUCACGCAGAAUAUUCAUCUAUACCAUCAUCAACUCAUUAUGGCCUUCAUCCAAACAUAAUGAUGAAUGCAAGUAAUGAUCAAUACGAGAGAACACCCAUAAGAUACAGAGAUGCUCAGCCUCACAUAGCAACAAGUUGGAACCCCAACUACGGCAUCCUGGAGAGCCAACAUUUUGUUGAACCUAACAUAACCAGACACUUUUUACAUGAGGACCAGAGAAAUAAAUUGGGAUCGGGUAUCCAGAUGAACUUCGAAACAAGUGACGCAACUGAGCCAGAUUUAGAGUUGAGAUUGUCACUUUGAGUAAUGUAUGAACUUAUGUUAUUUUCAAUGAGGCCAUGGAUUUGUUAUACACUCAAAGCAACUUAGAAAGAAAUAAUAUGUAACUUAGGUCAUCAUUUGAUUUUGAUACCAUGAUGUUAUGUUUUCUAAAGAGUAUGUUUGUAAAUCAACAUAAGUUUGAAAUACAAAUCAAAGCAGUUAUAAAGUCA